AUGAUACGAACAAUUCACAUCAGUGUUUCUAAUAGUUAAUAUAAUGUCUUUUACUGUUUUGAUAAUCUUAAACUUCGGAUAUGUUCUAAAUAAAUUAAGUUAUAAAUUAAUAAUUAAUUACAGUGUAUAAUUUAAAGUUAAACUUAGGUAAGUAUCUUGAAUGAUUCAGCGGCAGGAUUCAAGAAAUGUAAGCCUUUCCGUUCUCUAGUCGUUAUCAAUUGCCUGCCUAAAUUACGUAGCCUCAUAUUACGUAAUCAAUGGCACGUAUCACUGGCCCAUUUCUUAGAAUGGUACCUACAUCACGUAGGAAGCAAGUACUCGAGGCUUGGUAUUGUACUUUUUCUGGAAAACAACAAGUAUCGCUUUAAAGGGGUUGAAAGGGUACUCGGGACACAGUGCUCCCCCGUAGCGAAACGAAUCGCGGAGGGAUCGGAGAACCGUUCUGUGAGCAGGCGCAUGCAACUGAUGCACCAGAUCGAUCUUUUCAUCCAAUAG